AUGUCCACUCGUUCAAACACUCCAACGACCAAUAAGCCUCAGAUCGACCUCAUCUCAGAGGCAACAGUUGAGCUGAAGAAGCUCAUCACUACCAUUCAUUUGGAGAGUGUAGUCGCCAUUCGUGGCGUUAACGUUAUCGCCGCCGAAACCAGAGCGAUGGAUGCCCACCUAUCGCGCCUUAAGGUCAAGGCCAAAGCAAAGAAUCCCAACGACCUCAAGAUGUCAUUCGAGAUGAUCGUAUACGCGGCACUCUGGAGGCAAGUUCGGCGCCCCGGAGGUUUGAUACCUCGCUCUAUCCGUGCGUACGACCGCUACCUGGCCCGAUCGAAAGAUCUCCUCAACGACUUCAAGACCAAAUUUCCCGUCAACCACCCCGAGCUCCGCGACAUUCUCGCUGAACUCGUCGACAUCGUCGAUGACGCCGAGAGAAUUGUCGAGAGUUUGCGAUACCAGGAGGGCCGUGUUAGAGACAGACUGGUGGAAGCGGUACAGUCGUAA